GGAGAGGCGAGGGAGGGAUUACUUGAAGAUUAUUUAUACGAAAUGAUUUUCCCUAUGUUUUGUUCCCGAGAUUGUUUUCCUCCAUUGCUUUCUUCAUUCUUGUAAAACCAAGUUUUUUUUCUUGUUCUACUUUGAGAAACUUUCUUCAGAUAUACCUGGCGCUUAAAUCUGCAAUCCAACAACUACCCCACCGGCUCUUCACAUUUGCCAACCUCGCAUAUCUCGCAUCUACCCCCUGCAUAUCAUACCAAGUAUAUAGAAGGUCGAGGUCACACUGACUCUCACCAUAACGAGUCACAAUGAUCUCCCAUCAUUUUGAAAGUCUCCCUGUUCCUCCCCUAGAGAAUCUCAGCACAGAAUAUAUACUCCAAGAAAUUAUCGACCACAUUGGAAAACUCGCCGAUGAUCUCCCACACACCAAGCUCAAUUUGUUUCGCAAACAACUCUGGGACAUUAGAAAUCGGAAUGUGGAUCCAAAAACACAUUUGCGAGGUUUAUUGAGAGUGUUUGAAAAUACACAUACAUUCAAACAUGCAUUUGAGGAACUAGAACCCGGUUUGCAAGCGCAGAUUCGUGCGUUUAUGGAUGAUGAAAAGGAUGUGAAGGAGGAGGAGAUUAUGGGCAUGGGGAAAGUCAAAGGGGAAUUUUUCAUUCCGCCAUCGCCGGCAGUGAAACAUCAUUUCAAGGAGAUGGUCAAGGAGACGGUGAGGGAAAAGGCUCACGAGAAGAAGAUGAAGUUGGUGCAGAGUAAAGUGAUGAAGAAGAUUCAAGAAGCGAAAGAGGAGAUUGAAAGAGAGAUUGUGGAGGAGGUGGGAGGCCAUAUCGAGAUGAUUCAGAAGGUUGAGGACCAUGUGGGGGAGUUUUGGGGGAGACAUGGUCACUUGGGAGCGUUGCUGAAGAGCAAUGAUGUUGUCUCUUUGACUUCAAAACUAGAUGCUUCGAUGCUUGGAAGUGGGAAAUCUCCAAAGAUCUGGGAAGAUGAGAGAGGAGAGAGGAUCAUGGAAGUCCACAAAAAUGCCCCGUUUCAUAAUUGGGGGAACAGCGUGAAGAAUACUCCUCUUUAUACCUUUGUUCCUACCACAGUUCUGGGCCUGUCGAAUCUGGUCAAGUGGGCUAAAGUCGAGGGUUAUAGAGUGAGAUGUAGUGGGUACAGACACUCGUGGAGUAAUACUUUCUCGCAAGACAAACAGAUUUUGGUCAGUAUGUUGAACUUGGAGAGUGUGGAAAAAAUCCCGGAUGUCAUGAGCAUUACGAAGGAGAAAGGAGAUGUGGAUUUGAAUGGAGAUGGAGUGAUAGAUGUCAAUGAAUUAAAGACGAUUGAGUUGGCGCCGAAAAUUGAGGGAUUGAGUUUGGCGGGGGAUGAAAAAGGGAAAAUGCUCUGUAGAGUUGGAGCGGCGGUUACGAAUGAACAGUUUAGGAGGUGGGCCGUGGGUCAUGGCAAAUGGGCCUUGCCGGUGGAUGUUAUUCUUGUUGAGGUCACAGCAGGUGGCGUCAACGGUCCCAUUUGUCACGGCGCCGGUCGUCGUCAUCAAACAGUAUCAGAUUAUGUUCGUGCCAUCGAAUACAUCGAUGCAAAUGGUGUGCACCGCACCGUGACAAAACCAGCCCAUCUCCGCGCCGCAGCUGGUUGUUUCGGACUCCUCGGUAUCGUAACCCACAUAACACUCCUCCUCUCCCCCAUGACAUACGCCGUUCUCCGCCCCACCAAACCCGACAUUGCACUUGCCAUCCCCCCUCUCUCCCCUACCGAUAUCCCCAUCGCGCUCCGCAAAUCGUGGACCCCAGCCCAAUACGCCGAUGCGCUGAAAGAGUUUGAAGAUAAAGCCAAUAAUGACUAUUACAGCGAAUGGUUUUGGUUUACGCGCAGUCAGCAGGCGUGGGUCAAUACGUGGAAUGAUACGGCGGAUGCUGAGGGCGCAGUCGAGUAUCCGAGCCCGUUUGAUACGUUUGUGCAGUGGGUUCAGGGGUGGGUGGGGAGUGUGUUGACGGGGAGUGAGGUUUUUGGUUUGUUGCCGGGGAGGUGGCAGGCUUGUAUCUUGAGUUCUUUUGGGAUGGUCGCACUCCCCCCCUUUGAAUUCAACGAAUUCGAACAAAAGAAAACGGUCGAAUACAAAACCGCUCUUCCCAACGGUCUCCAUUUCCGUCGCGGCAUCCAAAACAUGCGAGUCCGCGACCUCGAAUUCCAAAUCCCCAUCCCCUGUCUCCCCAACGCAACGCCCGAUUACACCAUCGUCCGACGCGCCUGGUGGGAUAUCAUCAACCUCUGCUAUCGCGAUUCGGAAACGCCGAUGCGGCUCACGCUCGAGUUACGGAUCAUGGGGGAUUCGAAUCUGAUUAUGGCGCCUCAGAGAGGGAAUCGCUGGGGCACGGCGAGUAUUGAGAUUCUGAGUGUGCCCGAUGCGGUGAGGGAUGAGGAGUGGUUGCCGUUUUGUCAGGAGGUGGUGGAUUUGUGGGCGGGGUAUAAAGGGAGGAUGAGUGUUGAUGGGGAAGAGCGGUUGUUGAAUGUGAGGCCCCAUUGGGCGAAGGAGUGGGAGGGGGUGAAGAUUAGAGGGAGGAAGGCGAGGGAGUAUGUGAGAGAGGUGGGGUAUAGAGAGGAAGUGGGCGAGUUUCGAGCGGUGCUGGGUGAGAUUGGGAGGGAGCAGGGGUGGGGGUUGGAGGAUUUGAAGGGGAGGUUUAGUAAUGAGUUGUGGGAUUAUGUGGUUUUUGAUGGGAUGGAGGGGGGGAAGGUAAAGGGGGGAGAGGGGGUGCAGAAUGUUAAGAUGGGGAAGGGAAACCCUGUUGUGAUGGAUGUCGGUGUGGAUGUUAAAGAGAACAAAGAGACUAAACCUCUUGGAGGGGUGGAUGGUACAAAAACCACUAGUCCGGAGAAUUUAACAGAUAACUUGAUGUUGGAGAGGAAGGGGAAGGGGAAGGAACAGGAACAGGAACGGAAACGGGAAAUCAAGAUCAACGAGGUGGAAAGUGUCGAGUCGAAGGGAGUAGCUAAUAACGUAAGCGAGGUGAAGAGUUUGAGUAGUUCUGCUGUGCAGGUGCAGGGGAAGGUGGUUGGGAUUCAGGGAGGGAGUCACGCGUGUGGGGUUUUGCCUGUUAGGUUGGGGCGGUAGAUGAUUGGAUUUUUUGGGGGGGGGGGGGUUCUUGUUUUUCUUUUCUUGGAGGAGAAGGGAAGGGUGGGAUGGAUUCUUUGGUUUGGGGGUUUGGGGACUUGGGACUUGGGGUUGGGGUAGGGAGGGAAGGAAGGAAAGGGAAUGAGAAAGGGAAUUGGAAGGGGUGUUUAUUA